AUGGUACUAGCUUCUAGUUUUCCAAUGGAAGCAAGGAAGGUGAUGGCACAUAGAUUAGAGACUUUAAGCUGUAUCGUUCCGAAAUCAUCUCUUCGCGAGGCGAAUGAUGAUGCUGCGACAGAAAGCAACGCUACUGUGUUUCCAUUGAAAGAAUCGUAUCGCAAGAACAUCCAAAACCCUCAUUCUAAUAGAUACUGGGACAACGCUGCAAAAGACUACAGAAAUGCUCUGGUGAAUGAGAUUGUGGAAGAAGAAGAAGAAAUCAAAAGCAACGCCCAAAGGCCAAAAAUGAGAAAAAUACCAGAUAUGCCACCUCGAUCUCAUUCCCACCGCAAUCCCCAAAUAAGAAUGUCAGAAGUGGAAGGCUUUGGUGAACUCUCCUACCAGAAUUGGAAUAGGGCGAAAAAGAUUCACGAAAGAGAAUUUCGAGACGAAAUUGAACAUUUCCAUCAAUAUGAGUGGGAAGCAGAUCAUCGGGAAAAUCUGUACCACCAGCGUCAUGAUGCACAUUACAACGCAAUCCUUGAUGUGCAAGAAGAUGAGGAUCGCAGAGGUAUUUCUGAAACACGUCAAUCUCAAGCUCAUUUUGGCACAGGCGGAGAAGACGGACAGCUACAGGCUUAUGUCAUCAAUCAGGAAUUUUUGCGCUUAAAAGCAAUUUCCGAUAAGCAUGAAAGGGAAAACGCGAUGAGAAAAGCAAGCAUGAAACUUCCUCGGAAUGAGAAACAAGAAACUUGCACUGUUUUCACGCAGCCGUUGUCAGUCGAGAGUAUUGUGCAUACAAACAAAGAUGACGUUUUCGACUCUCAGCAUUCCGGCGAUCCAUUCUCUGUUUCUAAUCUAUCAUCUCCAACGAUCGUUCCUGAGAAAAACAGGACCCUGCUGGCGUCUUCAAUGAAGCCAUGGAGAGCCAGUCUUGGUCUUUCAGAAACAACACCAAGCUACUCAAAAGAGCCACUUCGCAGAUCAGCCUCUUUUGAUAGUCGCUGGAAAUCGUUUAGAGGGAGUGUAUUUGUGGACAAAGCCCCACAUCAUUCCCUUGGAUCUACAGCUCCUCUUAAGGCGUCGCUAGAAGAUACUGCUACAUUGUCAGCGAGAGCAGCAACAAUAUCGACAAAUGAGGGACUUCAAAAGGAGGCAUCAUUCGAAAGUGUUUCGGAAUCUAUCAGAGAAAACGAACUCAUGAGCAAAAUUACUGUCAUUGAAUCUCAGCACUCUCUUGAUCCUAUUUUCGUCUCGGCUGCACAAUCACCUCCACUGUCAAACAGCGGAUCCCCAAGAGAUGAUGAUGUCAUCUUGGAGAAAGAUCCGAUCACUGAAGAAGGUCGACAGCAUCGAUUCGCAUCCUUCGACCGACAUGAGAGGACAGUGAAUGAGAGAGGCGCUAUGCGAAAAGGGAUUGCUUCGGCCUCUCAGAGCUCUUCUGCUCCACUUUUCAGCUUGGAAUCGUCAUCGUCGCCAUCAGCAUAUCAAAACGGACAAGGUGGCGCAAAAUCUUCUCCACCAAAUGUUUCUUCAGGAGAUUUACCUGAUAUGGCAACUGCACAUGAGCAUAUUCGACGACAUCCAUCCCCAAGCAGACUCCAGCGAAGAAUCGCGGCAAACUUUCGCAGGAGCAACGAGGAUGGUGUUUUGGACUCACAGCUGAGUCUUGUUCCCACUGCUGUAUCGGAAUCUUCGCCACGAAGAAUGUCUUGGCACGAAAAGAGGGCAAUGGCAGCAGAACAGGCUAAGUACUUGAAAGAUCCCACAUUUUACGGCUCGAGUCACAUCGAAUUGACCAGCCCAGCAGUGAUCUCUGAGCUGUCAUAUACUCCGGGUGCAAGCAUUCGACCAAUUACACCAUCACCAACAAUAGCUGGCAGUCACAAACAUCACUUUGAAAUAUCACCAGAGCGAGAUAUACGAUGCGACAAAGGCAAAAGGCAUCAAUUCUACGAGGCGAAUCCUUUUAUUCCAGCAUAUUCCGAUUCUGUUAUCAUUGGACGACCGAUCUCCCCAGAAAAUUUUAAAGGAUACGGCAAACAAGAGCACGGAAGUAUUGAUGGUUUAUCACCAGUUACUUGUUCGGGGUCUCAAUUUCGAAACAGUGUGUUUCCUAAUACUGCUAGACAUGGCAGAGAUCAGUGGGGUGAAGAAUCGGUAGAUCGUGAACCGAUUGAAAGAAGCAAUGAAACCAUCAAGGUACAGCACCUUUCAUCAAAACGAGAAGUCAAUCCAAACUUCGUUCAUCCACCACCACCGUCACAAACAUGCAUGCCUAUGUUCAACAAAAAGCUCCGGUCAGUUGUUGAUCGAUAUCAUCAAAAACUGAAAGAGUCGUCUGGAUUGACUAUGCCACAAGCAAAACCAGGAGUUAGACGAAAAUUUUGA